GACAUGUAUUCCUCUGAGAAUCCUUGGACAGCAGAUUUUGGUUUAAUAUCCGAUUGGGACAACAUACAGAGACAUUUCCAGUCAUGAAUUCGGAUCAGGAUGUAGCACUCAAACUUGCCCAGGAGCGAGCUGAAAUAGUUGCUAAAUAUGACAGAGGACGAGAAGGCGCAGAGAUCGAGCCCUGGGAAGAUGCUGAUUACCUUGUUUACAAAGUCACAGAUAGAUUUGGCUUUUUACAUGAGGAGGAGCUCCCAUAUCAUAAUGCAGCUAUGGAACGGCAAAAGCACCUGGAAAUUGAAAGAACUACUAAAUGGUUGAAAAUGCUAAAAGGAUGGGAAAAAUAUAAGAACACUGAAAAGUUUCAUAGGAGAAUUUACAAAGGGGUCCCACUCCAGCUCCGAGGUGAAGUCUGGGCCCUGCUUCUUGAGAUCCCUAAAAUGAAAGAAGAAACAAGGGACCUUUAUAGUAAAUUAAAACACAGAGCACGGGGCUGUUCACCUGAUAUCAGACAAAUAGACCUUGAUGUCAACCGUACAUUUAGGGACCAUAUUAUGUUUAGAGACAGAUACGGUGUUAAGCAACAAUCUCUAUUCCAUGUUCUUGCUGCAUAUUCUAUUUAUAAUACGGAAGUUGGAUAUUGUCAGGGGAUGAGCCAGAUCACGGCUUUGCUCCUUAUGUAUAUGAAUGAAGAAGACGCCUUCUGGGCCCUGGUCAAACUCUUCUCAGGCCCCAAACACGCCAUGCAUGGCUUUUUUGUCCAUGGUUUUCCUAAACUCUUGAGGUUUCAAGAACAUCAUGAAAAAAUACUGAAUAAAUUUCUGUCCAAGCUUAAGCAGCACUUGGACUCUCAAGAAAUCUUCACAAGUUUUUACACAAUGAAAUGGUUUUUUCAGUGUUUUCUUGAUCGUACUCCCUUUACACUAAACCUCAGAAUAUGGGAUAUCUACAUCUUUGAAGGAGAACGAGUUCUUACUGCUAUGUCUUACACAAUCUUAAAAUUACACAAAAAACAUCUAAUGAAACUGUCUAUGGAAGAACUCGUAGAGUUUCUUCAGGAGACCUUGGCAAAGGACUUUUUCUUUGAAGAUGAUUUUGUAAUAGAGCAACUUCAGAUUUCUAUGGCAGAACUAAAGCGGGCAAAAUUAGACCUUCCAGAACCUGGUAAAGAGGAUGAAUUUCCGAAGAAGCCUUUGGGGCAGCUUCCACCUGAAUCUCAGCCUGCCGGCAUUAGUCAGCUGAGCAAUGGACAGAGUGUUGGCAGGUCCAGUCCCCACAGGAUCAGCAGAAGGGAGAGUGGCUCAUCGCCUCACAAAAAACCUGAGCAUUCCCCUCACCAUCAGAGCAGACUUGGGACACCGGAAAGAGUGAGGCAGCAGAGACGGAAGUCGGUGGAUGAGGACAGUAAAAAGCUUAAAGAGGAGGCAGAUUUUCAAAGAAAACCUCCGUUAGGUCCACAAGACAACGCCAGGCAAUAUGAUCACGCAGCUGCUAACCAAAAUAGCAAUGCCACUUCAAAUAUCAGGAAGGAAUUUGUGCCCAAAUGGAAUAAGCCGUCAGAUGUUUCCGCUGUUGAAAAAACCGCCAAAUAUGCUGGUGAAGGCAAAAGUAGGGCCCGUCCCGCGUGUACAGGCGCCGCCCCGAGCUCUGCUGAGCCUCGGGCGUCCAGCGCACGGCCGACGGGGCGGGUCUGGGACGCCGAGGAGGGGAAGCGGGGCUCCAACGCGUCACAGUAUGAUAACGUUCCUGAAAGUGAAAACGGCGCUUCUGUCGAAGAGGCGCUAGAACGGGCUUACUCUCAGAGUCCGAGGAAUAUUGUUUACACUCAUAGUCCAAGAAAACAUGCUGAGCCAAGUUCUAGUCCUUCAAAAGUAUCAAACAAGUUUACUUUUAAAGUACUGCCUCCAAGUUAUGCAAAAUAUCCGUCUCACUUAGAUGGGGACGACCUCGGGCCGGUGCACCUGCCAUCUUACAAUAACCCCCCUGUUUACCGGGGGAAUUCUCCCAAACACACCCCUGCUGCCAACAGCAGCUUUGUGUUUCCACAGUUUAGCCAUGGGGCUCAAAUGAAUCCUUCCAGGAGACCCCAUGGUUCCACUCUUUCCAUCAAUGUUUCUCCAGAGAAAUCUCACAGCCGCCCAAACCCUGUUGUCCUACCAUCUAGUCGAAUAGAAGUGCUUCCCGUUGAUAUUGGUGCUGGGGGAUAUUUGGUCAACUCAGGGUCACCAAAGAAUGGAAAAUUUAUCAUUCCUCCAGUGGACUAUUUGCCAGACAACAGAAAGUGGUCGGAAGUCAGUUACACGUACAGGCCUGAGACGCACGAGCAGUCAUGGACUCGAGAUGCUAACCGCAGCCACUUAAGCAACUUACCCAAAUACCCCGCCUUCCAGCACAUGCCCUUUGAGGACCAUAGCCUCCCCACAGUCUCCAUCGAUGGUCCAGUGCGGUAUCGAACUUCCCCAGCCUUAGAAGAUGCCGGUUCAUCGGGGUAUCCAUAUCCAGGGCCCUCAGCUCCAGCUUAUCACUACAGAAAUCGGGAUGGACUUUCUGUUCAAGAAUCAGUAUUGCUGUGAGAAUUUAUCCAUACUUGCCCAAGACGAGAGAAUAGAAACCAUAUGAAACCUACAUUGCUAUGUUUAUAAUUGCCAAAGCAGUAUUUUAUACCGUUGUAAACAACUCGCGCAAUUCUAAUGUAUGUUAGUAAUAAGAAUAGGAGGAAGCGUUUUCAUCCCCACGUAGACGCUGCUUAAGAUGAACAUCUUAAAUUGCAUCAACACUGAACCUGUUAAAAAGAAUUGACCGUGGAAACAUAGCAAUAGCAUUUAGGGGUGCACGCACAAUAAUAAUUCAUUAUUCAGUUAUACUUAACAGCUUUCUCCAAAACCUGAACAUUUUUACUCUGUCAGCCCAUUCUAUUUUGAGUAAUGUUACAAAGCACUGAAAAACUGUGUAGAGUAGAUAUUUUUAAGGCUAUAUGUAGUGUAUGUGUCUUUUAGUAGAUACUGCAGGCAUCUAUGCAUAUACAUUUGAACUCUGAACUAAAGAAAAUUUUUAAAAAAUGACUUUUAAUCUAGAUCCAUGAAAUAAUUUAUUAUUCUUUUCUUUAACUGGUCUUUCAGUCAAGUUCCCCACCCCUCCUUACCCCCCCUCAUAUUUUUAACCCAGAUCCAAAACUGACUUAAGGGUUGGUUUGCCCUGAAUUCAAAUGAAUUCAAAUUUCACAGAAUACUCACCUUCUCAUUCAGUUGCCGCCAUUUUCUUUCAAUCUGAAAAUUUAAAGGCAGUGGAAGGAAAGGCCAACCACUUAAUGGGGCUGAAAAACCGUGCAGUUUCAGUUAAGUGUCUGGCCACCUGUGUCCCGGGCAGUCAGCGCCUCUGUGCCCUGCGCCAGAUGCAGAGGAAGCACUGUGGUGCAGCCCUCCCGUGGGCACCAGCAGGAGGAGCUAGCUGUGAGUUACUGCUCAUCAAGCACUUUUGGCAGCUGUGGAGCAAACUCCUUGGAGAGUCCUUUCAAAGCAGGAUCAACAAUGAGGUCACUUCUUCUGCCCCUCAGUAUAGUGCAGGGCCUCCUACGGAGGGCCAGGUUCAUUUCCAAAUCUUUUUCAGGCACCAGUCCUUUAAAGAAUGUAGUCAAUGGAAAUUGCUGUGCUUAGGCCAUUAAAUAAUCAGUGUGUAAAAUUGUAAAAUGAUCCUAAUUAUUAAUAGGAACCUAAGGUUUUGGUCCUUUUUUUUUUUUUAUAGUGUGACUUUCAUACUUGCAGAAAUCUUUUUUUCGGUGACAAAAAUUCAGGUUCAUGUUAAAAAUGAACAAUGUCUUUUACAAUACUCUGUUACACUA